GAGAAGCCUCCCGCCGCUAAGAAGUAAGAACAUCAGAGAAGCUCUUGUUUCUUGUUCUUGUUUGAUGGGGAACGAUGCAGAGUUGGUGACCCCAGGUGAAAAGCUCGGAAGAGCCUCCGAGUUCAAAGCAGGUAGAGGCGCCUACGUGUCACCUGAUAAGCUCACCGUCUAUGCUUCCCUCACUGGCUUCCGCCGCAUCCUAUCCCCGCCUCCUGACUCACCUGAUGGGAGACCCACUGUGGAAGUAACUGGCCACAAAGCCCAUGGCGCUAUACCGGAGCCUGGGUCUAUUGUCAUUGCCAGAGUUACCAAAGUGAUGGCCAGAAUGGCUUCUGCUGAUAUUAUGUGUCUUGGCACUAAAUCUGUGCGAGAGAACUUUACUGGCAUAAUUAGGCUUCAAGAUAUUAGAGCAACCGAAAUUGAUAAAGUGGAUAUGCACCAGUCUUUUCGCCCUGGUGACAUUGUCAGAGCUAUUGUGCUAUCCCUUGGAGAUGCAAGAGCUUACUAUCUAUCAACUGCAAAAAAUGAGCUGGGUGUUAUUUCUGCUCAGAGUGCCGCAGGCGUCCCAAUGGUGGCAAUAAGUUGGACUGAGAUGCAAUGCCCCAUUACAGGGCAAAUUGAGCUCAGAAAGGUUGCUAAGGUCGGAGGAUAAGAACAUCAACUCGAAAGUGUGUCUUGGUGGUUAAAUUUAGAAAUGUUUAAUUUCAUGUACCUCUACAGCAAGGGUAGACAAAAUACACAUUGGAUCUUUCAGACUCAUGAUUACUGUAUUAAUUAUCUGACUCAUGGUUCACAAACUCGAAGAACACAAUUUUGCA